AUGCAAUAUGCUGAUUGUAGUGAUCUUCAAAAUUAUCUCAAAGAUAAUUUUAAGAAUUUAACAUGGGAUGAUAAGAAAAAAUUAGCGUUUCAAAUUGCAGAUGGAUUAAAUUAUUUGCAUAACGAAAAUAUUUUGCAUAGAGACCUUCAUUCUAAAAACAUAGUUAUUCAUGAGCAUAAUGCUAAAAUUACAGAUUUUGGUAUUUCAAAAAUUCAAAAUGAUCCGAAUUCGACAGUUUAUAUGGGUAAUUUUGGCGUUAUUCCUUAUAUGGAACCAAACCGUAUUUUAGAUCAGAAUUUUCCAUAUACUAAAUCAUCAGAUAUAUAUAGUUUUGGUGUAUUAAUGUGGGAAAUUUCUAGUGGAUAUCCUCCAUUUAAAGAUUGUGAUAAUAAAGUUGCACUUGCUUUUGAAAUUAACAAUGGUGUUCGUGAAGUUACAAUUCCUGAUACUCCUAUUGAAUAUGAAGGACUUUAUAAAAAUUGCUGGAAUCAAGUUCCCGAACAAAGACCAAUUAUCAAUAAAGUGUUGGAUGAAUUUGAAAAAAUGGGUUUUGGAAUCAACACUAGAAAUAAAUCAAUCAAAGGUGUGUAUUUAUUUUUUCUUUAA